AUGUCGCCUCAACUAUGCAGACUCGAGACUCUUCCUGCCGAGCUGCUAGAAAAGAUCUUCUUCCACAGCCUCGAAGUGAAUCUGCCGCGGGCAUCACUGCAUAUUGCUAAAAUCCUGUCCCAGCCGAUUAUCUACAAAUGGUUGAUCCGGCUAGCCUUCAGCAGUGCCAACAACGGCGCGAGGGCCGAUUUCUUCACCCCCGACUUCCUCCCGGCACUGCUAGACUUCUGGGCACUCAGCACCACAGACCGCUCUCGUUUGCAGACCUCCAUUCUCGAGUGUCGCUGGAGCACGCUCAGCCUCUUCCGCCAGUGUCAGCGGGACUACGUGAAACACAUCAUCCGCAAGAAAUGCGGCGAUCUCAACUUCUCCGCCGACGACCAGUGCAAGCUUGAAAACCUGGACUAUUACCUCUGCCGGCCCAUGGAUUUUGAUCUCGCCGUCCACGGCCGUCGAGGCAGUGGCGAUCUAGUGCUCAAGGCGAAAGUGGACAGUGCAGAUAGCAACAGCAGCAGACACGCUGAUCUGAGACUCGCCUUUUGGUUCCAUUUCGGCGCAGUGCAGUUGAGCGAACCGAGCCCAGUCUCCUACGAACUGGACGUCUUCCGACUUCCCUGUGCGCCGUCCCCCGAUGAACCGCCUCGCAUACCCGACAAACUACUCCAAGAGCCAUGGACGCCUGAAAAGCUCGAAUUCCUAACCCUCUUCUCGCACGACGCAUAUAUUGACGAGGACAACGACCACGAGCGCACGCGAAGAGUGCUGCGGCAACUCAUCCGCGACAGAGACUAUGCCACCUUUGAGAAGUUACUGGGCAUGCAUAUCAAGACCCGGAACUACAGCUACCCGCAACCCUGGCCUGUCAAGACACGCCAUUUCCGCGCCGCGCUCAAACAUGCAGAGGGGCCGAAUGACUCGUUCGUGCGGUUGUUGUAUUAUGACCGAUGGCAGACCUUGGGAGAUCGCGAGCGGGAUAUUAAGGAUGGGUUCAUGGCGAAUUUGAAUCUCCGUCCCGGCAGUAUGGGGUUUUAG